AUGGUUCAACAAUUCUACUCAUCCGACAAUCUCUACCUCAUCACUGUUGGAGAGAAUGCCAAAGAAAACGACACCAUCCGACGACAAGCUGCACAAAGCGAUUUGUGGUUUCAUUUGCAAGAUGUGGCGAGUCCUCACGUCAUCCUAUCUCCUCUCGAUAGAACUACAACCAGUUCCUUCUCUUCCGAGAGUAUUCAUCAAGCUGCUUUGUUAUGUAAAGCCUUUAGCAAACAAAAAUCGUUACAAACAUCAAAUGUGAUUUAUUUACCUCGGAAACAUGUGAAAGGAGUUGUAGAGAUUGAUGGACGUGUGGAAGUGAAAGGCCAUGCAGAGACCAUUAAAGUCUAUCGGGAUGAUACCAUUCGGGAAACUCUGAAAAAGAAAGUUUAA